UUUAAAACAUUUUUUCUUUCUUCGGCCCCAAGCUGCUAUCAUAUUUUCUUAUCUUUUCUUUCACAAUCUAAAAACGGAAACAGGGGAAAGAACCACAAGGAAGCACAAUAGGAAGGAAAGGGCACAUGUUCUUGAUUUCACGUUGUACGAAUCUCUUUACUUGUCCUCAUCUCUUUAACAGUUUCUUAAAUGUAACAUUAUGUAUCGCAAAAAAAACAUUAUGUAUCUCAUAAUAGCUACGCUACACACAUGCAGGAUCAAUCAUGCUGAGGUUUCUCAUCCUUUUCUCUCUUCUCAUACACUCUUGUGUUGCGCCCCCCAAAACUAAGGCUGCUGCUGGAACUCUACCUGCCAAGAAAUGGCUCACCCUUAGCGGAAAAGAGCCUGCGGUUGUAGCGAGAGGCGGCUUCUCAGGACUUUUCCCAGAGUCAAGCGCCACUGCAAACGACUUGGCUAUUAGCUCCAGCUCCCCUGAUCUCACAAUGUUGUGCAACCUUCAGUUGACAAAAGACGGUGCGGGCUUUUGCUUGUCUGAUAUCAGGCUUGACAAUUCAACCACCAUCUCCACCUUCUUCCCCAAAGGCCAGAAGGCCUACAAAGUCUAUGGUCAAAACCUCAAGGGCUGGUUUGCUCUUGACUACUCUGCUGACACCAUCUUCUCCAACGUCUCCCUUGUUCAAAACAUUUUCUCUCGGCCCAGCAUUUUCGACGGCCAGAUGGCAAUUGCAGCCGUGGAGGACGUCCUCGACACCAAGCCUCCCAAGUUCUGGUUGAGCGUUCAGUAUGACGCAUUCUACAUGGAACACAAGCUAAGCCCAGCCGAGUACAUUAGAAGCUUGCGUUUCAAUGGCAUUAACGUCAUCUCGUCUCCAGAGAUCGGUUUCUUGAAGAGCAUUGGGAAAGAUGCACGCAGGGCCAAGACAAAGCUCAUAUUCGAGUUCAAAGACCCCGAGGCAAACGAGCCUACCACCAACAAAAAGUACAGCGAGAUCCUGCUGAAUCUCGCAGCCAUCAAGGUCUUUGCCACAGGCAUUAUUGUUCCCAAAGACUACAUUUGGCCCAUUGACUCGGCCAAGUACCUUAAGCCGCCAACCACCGUUGUAACUGAUGCCCACAAAGCAGGUCUAGAAAUCUACGCUUCAGGUUUUGUCAAUGAUAUGCUCACCAGCUAUAACUACAGCUAUGAUCCUUCCGCUGAGUAUCUCCAGUUUGUGGACAACGGCCAGUUCUCUGUUGAUGGCUUCAUCUCUGAUUUUCCGCCAACAGCAUCACAAGCCAUCUCUUGCUUUGCUCACCAAAAGAGAGAUACUCCCAAAAUAGGCAAAACGUUGGUCAUAACUCACAAUGGAGCAAGUGGAGAUUAUCCAGGCUGCACUGAUCUGGCUUAUCAGAAGGCGGUGGACGAUGGAGCAGAUGUGAUAGACUGUUCUGUCCAGAUGACCAAAGAUGGAAUGGCUUUCUGCCUUGAUUCUGCAGACCUCAUACCAACCACCACUGCAGCGACCACUCUCAUGACCCGAGCCACCAGCGUUCCUGAGAUCCAGUCCAAAAAUGGCAUUUUCUCUUUUGAUCUCACAUGGGCGGAGAUCCAGUCUCUAAAGCCUCAAAUCCAGAGCCCCUUCUUAGCUGCUGAUGGAUUCCCAAGAAACCCAAAAAACAAGAAUGCAGGGAAGUUCAUGACUCUCGCUGACUUCCUCAAGUUCAGUAAAGCAAAGGCAGUCACUGGAGUUCUCAUCAACAUCCAGAAUGCUGCUUAUUUAGCAUCAAAGAAAGGCCUAGGAAUCGUAGACGCAGUCAAGUCCGCUUUGACCAGUUCCAAACUUGACAUGAAGGUUUUGAUUCAGUCAGAUGACAGUUCUGUUCUGGACAGUUUUAAGGCUGCCCCUCAAUACACUAGAGUACUGAGCAUCGACAAGGAAAUAGGAGAUGCUCCCAAACCAACCAUUGAAGAAAUCAAGAAGCAUGCAGAUGCAGUCAAUGUCUUGAGAAGUUCUCUUGUCACCAUCUCCCAAAGCUUUGCCACAGGGAAGACUAAAGUAGUGGAGGCAAUGCACAAGGGGAAUAUCUCUGUUUACGUCUCUGUGCUGAGAAACGAGUACCUCUCCAUAACGUUCGAUUACUUCUCUGAUCCUACGGUAGAGCUUGCCACAUUCAUUGCAGGGAAUGGCGUUGAUGGAGUCAUCACGGAGUUCCCUGCUACAGCCACCAGAUACUUGAGGAGUCCAUGCUCAGAUUUAUACAGAGAGCUGCCCUUUGCCAUAUUACCUGCAAAGGCAGGGACUCUAGUAUCCGUGGCAUCCAAGGAAGCACAGCCACCAGCUAGUGCCCCAAACCCGCCUCUUGACGCUAAAGACGUGAUUGAUCCGCCUCUGCCCCCGGUUGCUAACUUGGCCACCAACAAUGCCAGUGGAGGAGCUCCCCCAGCUUCUCUUCGUUCAGGCACCAUAGCCACCACCGCUAAUCUCAGCCUUUCCUUGAUUGCUAUGCUGGCCUUGGGACUACUCCUAUGUGCUGGUGCCUAAUACAAAUUGAAGGAAAUUUUGUAAUAUCUUCCUCUCCGCGUAGUACUAGUCCACACCCUUCUCGUUGACACACUAAUGCCAUAUGUCUGUAUCAUAUACUUUACCACAAUAUACAUACACA